AAAAAAUUACACAAAUAUUUCAAAAUUUACGGUAAUUGACUCGGAUAGUCCGCAAGUUGCAUUAGCCCCCCCCCCCCCCCCCCCCCAUAUUUCUUUGUGUAUCUCUUUGUCUUUAAUCAUUGUGGAACAUGUCUCUCUAUGAAAUCAGUCGGUGUAGUCCAUGGGGGAAGCACAAUUAAAUUUUUUUUUGCUACGUAACUGCACUUGAUUUAUUAUGAACUUCACGGCGAUAAGUUAUGACAAAUGUAAUGGGGUGUCGGUGCGUUUUCGAACUAAUUUUGAAUACGUUACAUGAUGAUCCCAUCCAAGCGUGUAUGUAUAUUAGAGAUUCGAUCAGCGAUUCACACCUGUGGGAUCACACCUGUGGGUUGCAAUCAAACAUUUACUAAAUGCACCGCGGUGCUCAAACAGACUUUUACAUGAAAUCUAAUACAUAUAUCUCUAUAGUGUUAAAACCAAAGGCGGUGAAGUGUUGCAAAUAUUAAUACAGAGAACUGGGCUUAAUGAAUUAAUAAAAUUUCGUGUUUUUCGCCUUUAGUGGUUUUAAGGUCGUAUCGGCACAUCUGAUAGCGGCCUUUUAAGUGGUCUGUGAUCGCAUUCGUUCAAUGAGAUAGGAAGAAGUGGCAUUGUCAUCAAGUUCAAAUAUUUAAUAUGUAUCUGAAAUUUAUAUCUCAUACUGAAGGUUAAAAACGCGUCCAAAGAAUGGGUAGUACCACCCCGGGCCACAAAGCAAGCGCGGUCAAAUCGCCUCAGUACUGCGCAGGAAGCUAAAGGCACGUUCAUGUGAUGAGAAAGUCCAUAAGUUUUUUAUUAAGAUACUAAAGGAUUUUUAUUUGAGUUGAAUUUAAUUGUAUUCCGGAAGAAAAUUCAAAAUGGACCUCAUAUCAGAUGGAAGUGAAUGAGUGACACAAUGUCGGAAUACGCCUAUCUAGUGAAUUACAGAAAUAAAAACUAAAAACUGGCGCAUCAUUCGACGUACUAGUAGAAAUCAAACUUCUUAAAAGACUGAAGUGAUUCAACGAGAACCCAUUAAUACAGGAUAAAGUCGAGUGUUUGGACAGUUUAUCCAGUGGUAAUGCGAUAACUGACGCUUCCUACAGAAGGAUCGUGCGAGCUCUUGUGGAUGUUCGGCAAAAAUUCCUGGCAUACACAACAGGAGUCAAAUUAUUACAUAAGAAAAAAAUGGUUUCGUAGGUGCAAGGGGAAUCCAUGUGAUAUGCAAAAAUGGCGCGAAAAUGUGCACCCUGGACAUUGACGGUUCGGAUUUUCCUAGGUGUACUGGUUCUUCCCUUACUGGUGUCCGCAAUAGGUGACAUUUGGUGGAAUUUAGGAGUGUCUUCAAGGCUAAAUGUAUUCAGGAAUCCUAAUUUAUACUUGAUCGGUACACAACCAAUGUGUACCCAGCUUAAAGGACUCUCCCCGGGGCAGGUGCGCCUGUGUCAGCUUUUCACGGACCACAUGCCCUCCGUGGGCCGCGGGGCCCAGCUAGGUAUCUUGGAAUGUCAACAUCAAUUUGGAAAUAGGCGCUGGAACUGUUCUACAAUUGAAGGCGACUCGUCCGUCUUUGGUCCCGUGUUGAACGUUGCGAGCAGAGAGGCCGCCUUUACUCACGCGGUGUCGUCUGCUGGUGUCAUCCAUUCCGUCAGUCGCUCGUGUAAGGAGGGCGAGUUAAGUAAAUGUGGGUGCAGCAAAGCAGGACGACCCAAAGACAUGGCGCGUGAUUGGAUAUGGGGCGGGUGUGGGGACAAUAUCGAGUACGGGUACAGAUUCGCCAAAUACUUCGUGGAUACACGAGAAAGAGAUAAAAAUCACAGGCGAGGCUCACGUGAGCUUGGACGGAUGUUAAUGAAUCUCCAUAACAACGAAGCAGGACUUCGGGCGGUGUACAACUAUGCUAUGGUAGCCUGUAAGUGUCACGGCGUGUCCGGCUCUUGCAGUUUACGGACCUGCUGGCAGCAACUACCCACUUUCCGGGACGUCGGGAAGAGGCUGAAGGAAAGAUACGAUGGGGCGGUGGAGGUUCGCUUUAACAAACGGGGAACGAAACUCAUCCGAAGGAACAAGAAAUUCAAUAAACCAACUUCAGAGGACCUCGUGUAUUUUGAAGACUCUCCAGACUACUGCAAUGCCAACCCGGAAACCGGGUCACGUGGGACAGUAGGGCGGGAGUGUAGUAAGACGUCCAGCGGCAUGGACGGGUGUAAUCUGCUGUGCUGCGGGCGCGGGUAUAACACUUUUAAACGGAAAGUGGUGGAACGCUGUAAAUGUAAAUUUAAGUGGUGCUGUUAUGUUGAGUGCCAGACUUGCGAGCGAAUAGAAGAUGUGUAUAUCUGCAAGUAAACGGGAGAUAACUCGGUUAAUAAAGUACUUGCCAUCCGACAAUGGAACAUGAACGCUUCAAUGUGAAAUGUACUUUAUUCCGCCCAUUUAUAAAGUGCUAAUACGCAACUUUAUUAAUGCAAUCAGAUGGAAUAUGCUGAAAUAGUGGAGAGGAAUAACCGUUUUUUGUGGUUCAUAGUGCAAAUUGAUACGUUCAAUUGAAAAAAAAAAUGUGACGAAUACGCUGAUUGGCUGCCAGGACCCUGUUACUGCUGUAGUUGACCAAUGAUUGAUCGUCUCUUAUUAUGCUGAUUUUUCAUAGACAAGUGUACUUGUUGAUCUUUUUCUCUCUCGCCUAAAUAGAUUUACUUCGUAUCAUUCAAUCCAUCUAGAAUGGAAUAUGCAUUAUUAUAAAUGGAAAUGAUACCUUUUCUCGAAGUGAGAUGAGGAAUAAUUUAUUUUCUUUGAUCUGCGCACUUGACAGCCUUGGAGACAUUGAGAUGUAUUUAUUUAAUUACGCAAAUUCUGUGUAAGAUAUUCAUUAUAAUUGCAUACAUCGUUGUUCAUACUUCAUCGACUCACUUAGCCGUAGAUUCAGGGCAGGCACAUCUUGUUUUUAUUAGCUGUUACAUCUAUUUUGUGAAAUGUAUGUUGUAGACAAUUUUUCAUAUUUUUCUACAUUUCAUCUUUUUUUUUGAAUUGUGCACUAACUUAUAAAGACCGCCAUCACUCACGUAUUCCAACGAAUACAACUGAUCGUGUUAUUUGUUCACGACAUUUAUAGAGCUAGGUUUUAUAUCAUGGAAGAUGAUAAAUCUUAAUAAUACUAGAUUAACGUGUAUCCCACUGAAUUAUAAUUUGACUGAAACAAUCCUUAAACGUUCAAUAAAUACCACAGAUUCCGCGUUGGAUGAUUGAUAAGAAAUUCAUGUGAACAUAUUAUGAAAUAUUUCAUCAUUAUUUGACUGCAGUAAUUCAAAGCUCGUGAAAUAUGGCGAAAAGUUUCUCGCAUUGCGCGCUUCACUGACAGGGCAUUGCACUUGAACGAAACAUAUGUUACUCUAACGGAAGUAGAAACUAUGGUCUAAUCUAAUCAGUUUGUACGUAUACUGUGUCGUUCUGACAUGUUUAAUCGUCUUUCUAUGGUUACCAUUAUAAAGAUAAAAGCCACAUAAAGGGGGAGUAAAACGAUACAUAAACGUAUCACGUGUCUAACAGUUCUAGAUUGUCAUGAUAAGUUUUAUUAUUAUCAUUUUGUCUUCAGUUCUUGAAAUGUGUCAGUUUAAUUUGACUUCAGAGCAAUCUGACAGAUGAACACUGCAUGUACAUAUUCCAGAUCGCCGUUUUAAAGUUUUGGAUAAUAAAUACUGAAUUGAGUUAUUUCAAACUAUCCAAGCUGGUAUUUACAGAAAUGUAUUGGUCAGUAUUUCAAAAAGAAACCGUAUACAUUGUAAAACAUUGUGGUUAAACAUUAGAUAACAAAUCGAUAGUAAGUACCCGUAUAACUGUAGUAUUUGAUGACGGUACUUUCGAUUGAAAUUCUGAUUCACUACUGAGUAAAAUAAAACCUGUCCUGCACUUCUGUCCGUCAGACUAAAGUGACGCAUUAUAAGCACUGCCUGACAAAGGGAGGAUUAUUCUCUUUAGGAAUGCAAUUUAUAUUAUAUAUCUUUAGAUGCCUUAUUUAAGCUUUAUUUCCAUUACGUGUCUCAUCCCGCACUGUUUAUUUACAUAUCCCAUCUGUACAAAACACUCACUGUAAGUUUUACAUACAGGGUAUUUUUUGAUAUAAAAUUGAAAAUAAAUGUUUUUCACAUUUUGUUAA